AGUGAGGCUGCGCUGAGCUGCGGGGCCGGAUGGCCGAGCCGCCCGCCCCGCGCACUCGGGCGGCGGCCGGCAGCGGGCGAGGACACCGGGCGAGCCCUCCCUGCCGGGAGAGCCAGCCCUGCGGCACACGGCAGCGCCAUGGUCUCAUGGAUCAUCUCCAGGCUAGUGGUGCUUAUAUUUGGCACACUUUACCCUGCAUAUUAUUCUUACAAAGCCGUGAAAUCAAAGGACAUCAAAGAAUAUGUCAAAUGGAUGAUGUACUGGAUCAUAUUCGCACUCUUCACGACAGCAGAGACAUUCACGGAUAUCUUUCUUUGCUGGUUUCCAUUCUACUAUGAACUCAAAAUAGCUUUUGUAGCUUGGCUGCUGUCUCCAUACACAAAAGGCUCCAGCCUCCUGUACAGGAAAUUUGUCCAUCCAACACUGUCUUCAAAAGAAAAGGAGAUCGAUGACUGCCUCAUCCAGGCGAAGGACCGGAGCUACGACGCCCUCGUGCACUUUGGGAAGCGGGGGCUGAACGUGGCAGCCACGGCAGCUGUCAUGGCAGCUUCAAAGGUAUCUCAGCUACUCCAUUUACACUUGUAUUUGGACCAGAAAAAAGGGCAGGGACAGGGAGCCCUGUCUGAGAGACUGCGGAGCUUCAGCAUGCAGGACCUCUCGACAAUCCGCGGAGACAGCAGCAGCACCGUUCCUCCCUCGGUCACUGUACGGACAGGUAGCAAACAGAGCCACCCAAAACCAUCCAGAAGUGCAUCAGAAGGCACUGGCAGCUCAGUGUGCACGUGUUGCUCGGUAUGCCGACUCCUCAGAGGUGAAAUAAGUGUGGACAUUAGGUAUGAGAAGCCACCUGAGACAAACUGUGAAACAAAAGGCUCAGUGUUCUCAGAUGAUGAAGAGAAUGAUUGUGCAUCCAUGAACAAAAGGCCCAAAAAGAAGGAUCAACCCCUUGAGGCACCGCCUAGGACCCUUAGACCUCGCUUCAGGAAGAAAAGUACCUCGUCCUCUGCCACUGAAACAAUGUGAGUGCAAUGAGCCAAUAGCACCAAGAUCCACAGAAUGUCUCUCUUCUGCCUUAAAGAGCUACUCGUUGAUGCCAUAGGAAACAGCAGUGGGUGGAUGUGCUUUGAUGUGCAGCACUGUAGACAUGGCCUUUCUCCCUCCUCCCUCCCAUCCUUCUGUGACUCGCUGCUGCCCUUUGUCCCUGGUGUGGGUAGGACAGUCUGGCAGGCACCUGCAGGUGAGGGGUCCUGGUUUGGUUUGCAGAGUGUGCACCCACCCACAGUGUACAUUUACAGUUUCAUUUGUGUCUGCAUAGCUCUUGCUCUGUGAAUGCCCAGCGGAAACAACAAUAAUCAGUUACUCAUGAUGCUACGUUGACAGUGUAUUUAAUUAUGGCUUUAUCAUGGAUGAAGUGGAUUUGCAGAACCCAUGGAUUUCUCUUUCCUCCCUUCCUCCUCAAGACUGUGAAUGAUGUAACAAAUGUCAAAAGUACUUUGACUGUACAAAAUGUCCAAGAUUUGUUAGCGAACGCUGAGCUGCACCUGCAUUUUUCUGCAAGUAAAUCACACGUUCUGAGAAAAUCAUUGUGCUAAACCCACAGAGACAGAACCACUUACAGAAGAUGAGGAAGUGAUGUGCAAGAGAAAAAAAUGGUUUCAAUUAUGUAAUGAAGGGGGAGUCCUAAUUUUGAUCAGCCUGAGCCAGGAGAGUAUUUUGUGGAAAAUUAUGUGUAGAAGAACUAAAUCCCACCAUUUGUGGCCAAUGUUCUACUGCAAGUUUUAAAGUGUGAGCAAGCCAGGCUUGAGCAAGCUGCAGCAACAGAAAUUAGUAUGGCUUUAGUGAUGCAUUUCCAGAGGGAAACACACCUUUCUCCCCUGCUGCAACAGUGCCAGUCCCAGCACUCUGCUCUGCUGCUGAGGGGCUGCUUGCAUGAGCAGAGGGUCUGAGCUGCUUUUUGAAGCCUGGAGUUUCUCCUGUAGCAUGGAGUUUGGUUAGAACCACAAGAACCAGAUGGAGUGGUGUAUUUGUAUCCAUAUAUAAAUGAGAACUAUAAAAGAAGAGGAAGACACGGUAGGGUUUGUGUAUUUGUGCUUCGAGUUGGUGUCUCUUGUAAGUGUUGAGCAUGUGAGAUUCACACAUAAGUUAAUUACGUGACCCUUUGUGUUUGCUCUUGGACCUGUCACUUAGACUAGGAAAGCAUUUAGCUUUUUAGCAUUUAGGAUGUGCCAUCACCAAUGGAUCAGCACAGGGGCUCGAUGGUGUUGCUGUCAUCUGCCAACAGGCAGCUGCAGUGUGCCAGGCUUGGAGAUAACUCUGAAGUGGCCUUGAAACCAUUUCUCUGCUGGGUGUGCAUCCAUAUCCCAGCUGCCCAUCUGGUGGGUCCCUGAGGUCACCCCCACAGCUUCCUACAUGUGUGGGGAAGAAAGAAAUAAAUUAUGCGCACACAGAAAUGUUUAUCUGACCUGGCUAGGAAAUGGAAAAAGCAAGCAGGUAUUUCCUGUGUCUGCCACAGUAUUUGGCCUCAUUACAUGAGAAUUUUAUUUCCUCUACAUGUGCUGAUUCAGUCAUAUUUUGCAAAUUUUGAAAAAUUCUUCAGAAAGUGAAUUUAAAAAAACCCCAGAAGAUACUCAGCAAAAGUUUUGAGAAGCUAAGCUUAUGUAUUUUGCUUCUAAGCAGCUUUAGAGUUUAUUUGAUUUUUUUGGCUAACAUUAAAAAGAACUAAGUAAACUGCCUGCACUGUUAGCAGAAAAUAAAAUCCUGUUGCAAGCAAGCCAUGUUUCCCUGCUGUGCAAUGGGCUGCUGUAAGGUAAAGAAGAAGCUGACAAGUUUGCACUCAAUUAUGCCAAAUAACCCCAACAACAUAGAGCUGCAUAACAUCUGACAAGUUCUAAUUCAGACACGCUGUAUUAACAUUGAUUAUCACUAAAACUAUUUAAUGUGCGUCUAAUCUGCUGUUUUACUGUAAACUUGACUGUUUAGCAUUUCUUAAGUGCUGAGGUGAAAUGUUGACAAGGGAGUUGCCUUAUAUCUCUCAAAACAUUCACUGUAAAAAUGAGAAAAAAUAAACCUUUUCAUAUCUCUGGAAAAGAAAAAAUGUAUUAUCAACGGAGCUGUAUUAUUUGUGUAUAGAUAGACAGACAUGUGAAUGCCUGACCUUGUGCACUUGUGCUCCUUGUGCUGCAGUGUUCUGUACAGAUGAUUCUCACCCUCCUCGCACAGGUUGUUUACAGGGGCUGCCCCCAGUCUGUCAGUUCGGUGCUGCGUGUGUUCGUUCCGGAUUAACUCCACCCCUGAAGGCUUUUGUUCAGCUUUUCACUGCAGCCUCUGCCAAGGAGGCAGCCGGGCUCGGGGAGUCACCUUCCUGCGCUGCUGCUGACCCCUCCUGGCAAAGCAGGGUGUGCAGGAGCCGGCACGGGAGAGGAGGCAGGGAGGGAUGGAUGGAUGGAUGGAUGGAUGGAUGGAUGGAUGGAUGGAUGGAUGAUGGAUGGAUGGAUGGAUGGAUGGAUGGAUGGAUGCUUUCUAGGAUGUGUUGGAAAGGAGCAGUUCUCAGCUCCCUUCCCAUUCCAGCUCUGAGUGUGCAGGCUGGCUGAGCACUUCCAGAUUUUCCCUCCUAAAAUCAAGCAAUCUUUCAGCUGAUGGUUUAAAACAGCAGCAGAUCUGGCUUAGUUAAAAAUGCCCAGUUUUGGGGCCUUUCAGGCAGCUGGCCCCUUCCAUCAGUCCUGUAGGGAAAGCAGGCACCUCCUGGUGUCUCAGAGAGGGCUGGGAGAGUGGAACUCUGAAGAGAACAGGCCAGCCCUAGGAAAUGGCCUUUACCCAGCUCAAGGCUCCAGUGAGACAUGCAUUAUUUUAAGCACAUAAAAUUGAGGCUGAGGGGAAGGAAACUGCAGCUGGAGAUGGUCUGUGGUAAAUAGGCCUGUGAAUUACCUCCCCAAUUUGCCAUAAAUUCACAUAGUUAUGAACAAAUAAGCCUAGAGCAGCUCAGUUCAGCCCUCUGUGCCUCCUCUCCUGCAAUAAGGGUCAGCAUCAGUGCAGCUCCUGUGGUCACCAACUGCUGAAUCCGGAUCCCCUCAAAAACAAGACAGACUUCACAUGUGUCUCUGCCACCCUGGAAUGAAUCAACCUAAAAACCUUGUGGAAGUGCAAACCCAGCAUAGAAGGAAAGAGAAUCUGGCUGUUUAUUCCUGCUAGGAGGGAGAAAGCUGCUUGGAGAGAGACAAUGCUCCUCUGUAAACAACCUGCUGCCUCUGGCUGCUGGCAAGUCCUGGUGUUGUGAUGAACCCUUGUGCUCCUCACCCACAGUCUCUCUUUUGCUGUUAGUUUCAGGUACCUGUUUUGCAUCCAGCACAUUUGAACUAGCAGAGAACAUGUUGGGAUUUGCGUUUAGACAAACUGUUUAAGGCUCAUAAUUGUGCACUUGGUGUGAUUUCUUUCCUGUGAUGGGUAGAAAAGGUCUGUGAUACAAUGGUACACUUGGAUGCCUCACAAGAAUGGCCAUUACAACAGUAUUCCAAAGGUUGAUGUUUUGCUGGUUUUGUUAUACUGCUUGAUAUACAUCUUGAAUAAAGUCUUAAUCUUUUCUUUAUUAAAAAAAACCAAAACAAAACCAAACAUCUUUAGUCUGUUCAAUGUAUCUGGCAGGCCAGAAUAAUCACUUUGAUUGCUGUAUUAUUUUUAUCUGAAUUCUGGCUGACUGUAUAUAGAUGUAUUCACUAAGUGCUGCAUGUCCUUCAAAACUUUCUGUAUCAUGAACUGGAAAAAGAACAAAAUACAGCUACUGAACACUCUGA